AUGGUCGAACCUGUUGGAAUCACUAACUUACCCAAUCAAAGAUAUAAGAUCAUCUCCAAACAAGGAGCCACCUUCACCUUGAUGGUGGCCGGUGAAAGUGGUUUGGGGAAAACUACAUUUAUCAAUACCCUUUUUCAAACUAAUUUAAAACCUCAUUUAGAUAGUUCUGAAAGACAUAAUAAAUUUACCACCCCCCAUCAAACCGUUGAUAUUGAUAUUAUAAGAGCCAUGUUGGAAGAAAAAAAUUUCAAGAUCAGAUUAAAUAUCAUUGAUACUCCAGGAUUUGGUAAUAAUGUAAAUAAUCAUGAUUCAUGGACUCCAAUCAUUGAUUUCAUUGAUGAUCAACAUGAAAAUUAUAUGAAACAAGAACAACAACCUAAUAGAGAUGAAAAGAAAGAUCUUAGAGUUCAUGCUUGUUUAUAUUUCAUUCGUCCAACUGGACAUUCUCUUAAACCUUUAGAUAUUGAAAUUAUGAAAAGAUUAAGUUCAAGAGUUAAUUUAAUUCCUGUUAUAGCUAAAAGUGAUUGUUUGAAUCCAACUGAAUUAGAAAAUUUCAAGGGAAGAAUAAGAGAUAUUAUUGAAAGUCAAGAUAUUAAUAUUUAUACUCCACCAUUGGAUUUAGAUGAUCCAGCAAGUGCUGAACAUUCAAAACAAUUAAUUGAAAGUAUGCCAUUUGCAAUUAUUGGUAGUGAACAAGAAUAUGAAAUCUCAAAAGGUAAUUUUGUUAAAGGUAGAAAAUAUCCAUGGGGGUUUGUUGAAGUUGAAAAUGAAAAUCAUUGUGAUUUUAAGAAAUUAAGAUCUUUAUUAUUAAGAACUAAUAUGUUAGAUUUAAUUUUAUCAACCAAUGAAACUCAUUUUGAAACUUUCAGAUCUUUGAAAUUAGGUAAUGAUGAAAAUAAUGAUGAGAUAAUCAAUGAACAAGGGGAAAUCAUUAAGAAAUCAUCCAUUAAGAAACCAAGAAGAUUCCAUAAUCCUAAAUUUAAAGAAGAAGAAGAUGCUUUGAAGAAAUAUUUCACUGAGCAAGUAAAAGCUGAAGAACAAAGAUUCAGACAAUGGGAAUCAAAUAUUGUUAAUGAAAGGAAUAGAUUAAAUCAAGAUUUGGAAGAUUUACAGGGGAAGUUGAAGACUUUAGAAGAUCAAGUAAAGAAAUUACAGUUAAGUAAGAGAUAA